AUGUGGGUCCCUGUCGCUGCCUGUUGCAGGCCUACGGCAAGUGCCGCAACAUCCAACACGCCGACGCCACCGACUUCACCGUUCUCACAGCACCAUCAUGUACUCGAUAUAGCCAUCGGGAAGCAAGGGCACAGUUGCGUCAAGGGAGAUGAAGCUAGGGUUCAUCGCGCCUAUUCGCAGGGGGCCACAUCACGCGUAUGA